AUGUAUGAAAACAUGUCCACAAUGGUGUAUUUAAAGGAAGAGAAGUUGGAGAAGCUUACUCAAGAUGAGAUCAUUGCCAAAACUAAGCAAGUGAUUAAUGGACUAGAGGCACUGAAGAAUGAGCACAAUUCAAUUUUACAGAGCUUACUUGAAACACUGAAAUGUUUGAAGAAAGAUGAUGAAACUAAUCUGGUUGAAGAAAAAUCAAACAUGAUUCGAAAGUCGCUGGAAAUGCUGGAGCUCGGCCUUAGCGAAGCACAGGUAAUGAUGGCCUUGUCAAAUCACUUAAAUGCAGUGGAAUCGGAGAAGCAGAAACUACGUGCUCAGGUUCGCCGGCUAUGCCAGGAAAAUCAGUGGCUUAUUUUAGCCAAUACGCAACAGAAACUACAGAAAAGUGAGCAAUCUGUGGCUCAGUUGGAGGAAGAGAAGAAACAUCUAGAAUUCAUGAAUCAAUUAAAAAAAUAUGAUGAUGAUAUUUCACCAUCA